GAUCUACAGAUGAGGACGUCUCUAGUUAUUAUCAGGAAUAACUUGACGGUACUAGACGUCGUGAUACUAGAGGGGCAGGGCGGGCGAGGAGAACUCAAGGUAGCUCCCACCACCAUCAAGUUCGACAUAAAGGAGAAGGACCUCCAGGACUGUGAUAAAACUCUCAGUCACAAGAUAACGCCCAUGUUUCCGGUGCAGCGCAAGAUAACUCUGCGCAACACGGGCGAACUUCCGCUCUACGUUAACUCUGUCUCCGUUAACGAGCAUCACUGCGAGGGCUAUGGCUUCAAGGUGCUCAACUGCGCAGCGUUUGAGCUGCUGCCUAACAAGACGCAGCACAUGACGAUAGCGUUCACUCCGGACUUUACGAUGUCGCGCGUCCAGCGCUGCCUGCAGUUUGCGACGAGUCUCGGCGAUCCACUGAACACGACUAUCAUCGCAACCCUUCCCGCUGCCAUGAUCGCGAAGUGCGCGGGCAUGCUGCCGCGCCCACCCUGGGAGCCGAUCCUCUACUACUCGCUCGUUAGCUUCAUGAGCGUUCUCUUGUUCUGCGUCCUCGCCGCGUCGUAUUUCGAGUCGGACAGGUUAUGGACUGAACACAAGCGAGGGAAGCACCAAUACCUCACUGCAGCAGCACUACACGCGGCAAGCAAUGGCAAAUCAUACGACCCUAACAAAGUGUUAGACCUCCGAGCGAUAGGCACUAAAUCAUUAGAAUCUAAAACGAGCUCGAAAGCUGACGGCAAAGAUGGCAAGUGUCAGCAGAAUGGCGGCAUGUCGACCGUCAACAGCCUUCUGCGCUCGCUCAAGGGCGACAAAGGUCACAAGGAUGGAAAGAACGGCGGCGGCGGCGGCGGCAGCGGCAGUGCGCACGAUGCGUCCGUCUCACCUCCCGUCGUGCCCGCGGCCGCCGAGCCACCUGCGCGGAAGGGUCGGGGGAAGCGGCGGCAGAACGCAGCGGAGAGGGAGAAAGCGGGCGACGAGAGCAAGUACACGAUGGAGAACCGAGUGAACCAGGAGCGCGCCGCGAAGGAAGGAGACCGAGACAAGUACAACGACAGUCCGCAGGUCGUGGAAAACUUCAAGGAGAAGGCACAGAAAGAGAAGCCAGAGAGCAAACAGAGAGGUAAAGCUGAAAAGCGAUUGCCACGCCACCUGGAGGAGUCGGAUACUUCGUCAACGACCACCGAAUGCUCGUCACCGGAUUCCGAGAUCAGCGACAAGGUUACGACCACAAGAGACUUAACACCAGACAAUAACAAUGGACACAAAACCAACAAUAAGAAGCACAAGGGGAAGGGUCGUCAGGGAAAGGUCCCCACAGUCGGGACAACCUCCAUCGAUGAUGAUUUUGAACUAAUGAGUUCGAAGGCUAAGAUGCAUAGAAAGGCAAAGAGCGAUUCCAACAAGGCAUUUGGCAGUGACAUUACAAAACCAAGCACACCCGAUCAAUCCAACAAGACGGACAAGAACAAGGAAUGCGAUUUCACAACCACUCGAAUGCCCCGGAAGAAGUCUAACCACAACAACAACAAAAACUCAACGUUUUCGCGCCGGCUACACACAGUCAGUCCAGCAUCUAGUAGUUCCUCUGAGCAUGGCAAGGAGUCGCCACCUAUCAUUUGGGACAUGCCGCCGCGCUUUGCCCACAACACUGACGAAGCAUUCAUCGACCUGGCAACACAGACUGAGUCAUUCGCGCAACAGAGACACGGCGGCGGCGGUGGUGGGCGGAGCCAGCACUCGUCACAUGACCCACCAGGUGGCGCUGCCCGUUCUUCGAGUUACAGCAGUGUUGUGAGCAGCGGUGGUGAUUGGCAGCGAGGGAAAGGGGCCGUCGGAGAUAAGCUACCCGGACCGAUAGGAACAAAGUCUAGCACGCCGAAGCCACUGAAACUGAACAAGCCUAGCGCCAGUGUGUGGGAAGAUAACAGCAGUCCCCUCGCAUUGCCCAAAAGCCCACCGGAUUUCCGAAACAACAGUCUCUUUCUACCGCCGAUUGUCGAGGGCAGUGCCCCCCGCUACCAGAACUUUGGCAACGACGUUUCCCUCGGUUUCUCUGGUGGUCGUGGUUCUGAGCUUGGAUACUCGCUGCAAUGGCCGUUACAGGAAUCGAUGAUGCAGCGUUCACUAGCGGAGAGACGUCAACGCUUGGAGAAGCAUUUCCACCAGCAGGGUCUGAAAGGAGAGGACUGGCCUGGAUUCAACGUCACACCGGUGAUGCCUGUGAGGGAGACCCUGUGGGACAACAACGCGCAGCAGAGCACCUUCCCCACCGACCGCUGGACGGCACCGAACUCCCCGGCCACCGUGUGGGAGCCGACGCCCCCGGCUACGGGAGCGUGGUCGCUCGGUGGUGACUGGAUGCAGGGGGGAGAGGCUGGCGGGGCGGCAGCGCGCGGCCAUGCGAGCAUGAGCAGCGAGGCCGGCGGUGGCAAGGACGAGACUGCGCAGGGAAGCAGCUUCGAUCCGUUCUCAUUCGCAGGCCUGCGCAGCAUCUGGAGCAACAGCGGCACAAACCUCCAGGAGGUUCCAUCCACGUCCUGGGCAUCCAUCUUUCAGAACGGUGGCGGCAAGACCAACUAGCGCGUGCCGAGCGUCAUAGCCUAGCCAACGAGCGAGCGAUAGCAUAGCCAGUGGUGUAAAGUCGCAGCAACUAGCGUUUCCCGCACUGCGAUGCACCUUACUAGAGUCGGGGAUGACUUGAGUAUUUAUGUAAAUUCUGGCGGCCUUCCGUCGAUUGUUGUCGAGUGAGUGAUUCACGUUUGUUUUCACGAUUCGGUGUCGGGAGGUCGACGUAUGCCAGGUUUUAUCAGCGUCUGCUGUAUUUCCCAGCAGAUUUCUAUGGAUUCCAGUAAGGUGGAUACAAGUGAAACGCUGUUAUUUUAACUGAUUCAAUUCGAAAUAACCACCAGAUGAUUUCAAUUAGUUAAUGAACGCAAAAGAAGUCAGAGAUAGAAGAAAAUGCUAUUACA